GCUUUGGUUGUCCUCAAGUUGUGCUCAUUUGAUAUACUCGUUAACAAUCAUCCGAAGCUCAUCAAAUUUGGUCGAAGAGUUUUCGGUGAGAAUCUAUUCAAAUGGAUGCUAAAGAAGUCAUUUUACGGUCAAUUCGUUGCCGGAGAGAACGAAGUGACCAUUCGUCCCAUUUUGGAUCACUUGCGCUCAUUUGGAGUCAAGUCUAUACUCGAUUACAGCGCCGAAGAAGAUAUCACCGAAGAGGAGGCCAUCGAUCAUGAAAUGCCAUCUCAGUCAAACGCGGACCAUAAGCCAGACGAUACUUUGAUACAAUAUACUGCCCAAAAAGAGUUCGCCGAUCGGCGCAAAUACCGUCCGGUGGCGCGAACCUACUUCUACAUGAAUGAGGCCAAUUGCGAGAAGAAUAUGACCACUUUCUUGAAAUGUAUUGACGCCGUGGCCGGCGCUACACUACACACCGGCUUCGCGGCCAUUAAGCUGACCGCUUUGGGUCGACCGGUACUAUUGUCGCAAUUAUCGGAAGUGAUCGCUCGAACGCGUAAGUACUUCACAAACAUAACGGGUGUGGAGAAGAUGGUUAGGGGACACAUAUCGCCCGAAGAGUUCCAAAAGCAUUUGGAUCAGAGAUUCAAAGUGAAGACCGACAACGAAGAGAUCAAGAAUUGGUUCAAACAAAUGGAUUACGACAGACGGGGUCUCAUGAAUCUGUUCUCGUGGAACGGACUCAUAGAUAUGGAGCACUUGAUCACCGAUCUGUUCAAAGUGCCAAACCUGACGACCGGCCGAUUGGAGCCCAUUAUCAGCGCAUUGACGCCCGAAGAGGAAGAG